UUGCUUCUUAUAAGCAAAAAUGGGGGCUAUACAAUAUUUCAAAUAAAGUUCUCGAAGUGGUUGUAUCAUGGAACUUGAGCUGCGUGAAUUACAAUUAUCCCGAGCAUUCGAACAGCGAGAUGUGAAGCUAUUCGAGGAAACGUUAAGACUUCACGGCAACCCCAAUAAACCGGAUGGUAAUGGUAUUACAAUCUAUGAGAAGGUGCUGGCAACUGCUGACUGCGGAAAGUUCAUCCAACUCUGUAUUCGAUACGGAUGCAAAUCGAACUACAUAAACGAGAAUGGAAAAGCAGCAAUUAAUUUUGCCAGCGAUUCGAGAGACAGUGAAAAUAUUAGGAUACUGCUAGAGCAUCAGGGAGUUCAGGUGGAUAACAAAUAUAAUGAUCUCACGCCACUCAACUCGUUGGCCAAAGGCUUAAAUAUCCAGAAUGUAGACCAGGUGAAGGAAUGCAUAAAACUGCUUCUUCUCUAUGGAGCCUCACCGAAUAUUCUCGAUGACGUGGAAAUGAGUCCCUUGCAGUAUGUGUUAUACAACAAAAAUCUGGAAAAUAAUAAAAAGCAGGAAAUCAUUAGUUUGCUUCUGCAACAUCACGACAUCUACAUAGAUGAUGAUCUCCGCUAUGAACUGUUGGAAUGGAAUCCCAGCCUGGUCCUUAAACCGAAUACGCACCCGAACCCUUCUAUUGAAGUUAACCGUGUGCUUACUCUCGAGGAGUGCAUCACGAGUGGUGAUCAUGUAAACUUCGAUCAACUGCUGAAUGAUCAGUUUGAUGUCAAUGGGAAACCGCAAGGAUUUGAUAAAACUUAUGUGGAGAUUGCUAUUGCAUAUGGCAAUUGGUAUGCUCUGGAGAAGCUUCUGCAGCAUAAAGAUCUGAAGAUGCCCAAUAACUUGGAGUUGCUUCAUCAACUCACUGGCAGAUUGGAUGAGCGGCCACAGAAGACUUUUAGCGACUAUAAUAAGUGCUUUGAGGUGCUUCUGGCCAGUGGACUUGUGGAUGUGAAUGAGAGGGACAAAAGUGACAGGACUCCACUAUACUAUGCCAUAUCAUAUAACAAAGAGUUCGGUGUAAGGGAACUGCUGAAGCAUGACGCUUAUCUAGGCAUGAAGAGCUACUUCAACGAACUGGCCAUAGAUGACAUUGAUCCGGUACUGCUAGAGGAGCAUUUCGAUGACUGCAUCACAUCGGAAGGUUCGAGUCGCGCCGAUAAGAACUUUAAGAUCAUUCUCAACUAUAAGACUCUAAAGCUGCCCAGCAACAUUAAUUCCAGCGAAAUGGAACCAAUUUGUACCAUGGCCAAAUCAAAGGCUUUGCGUCACCUCCUUAAACAUCCGCUGAUAACGACGCUUAUAACCCUCAAGUGGCAAAGUAUUUCGUUACUAUUUUACCUCUACACUGUGAUUUCGGCACUCUUUACAAUUUUCCUAAUGCUACACAUCAUUUCAAUGUAUUCCCAUGAUUGGAUGUUCAAAUUCGCAUUAAUUCUUAAACUGAUCUCCUGGCUAAGUGUUGGAUAUAUUGCAAUGGUCGAUGUGCUUAUUAAGUCCUGCUUGACAAGAUUCACCAAGUCCAGUAUAUUUGGUCUAAUAAUUAACAUUUUAAUCAUUGCAUUGUCAAUUUUUAACAACAUAAUGAACAAUCCUGAGCAGUAUCGUAGCCGCAUCAUCGCAGCAUUCACAAUACUAUUGAUUGCCGUAAAGCUUACCCGACACAUAGGAUCGCUGCCCGUAUACUCCCUAUCGAUGUACGUUCUGAUGCUGCGCGAGGUCAGCUUUACUUUCCUUAGGAGCUGCAUACCUUACUCCAUUUUGGUGAUUUCUUUCGGACUGUCCUUUUAUGUACUCAACUUUCAUAAUUUAUCCGAGAAAUCAAUCUCGGAUGCUAUUAUGAGGGCGAUCUCAAUGUCGACAGGUGAAUUCAAUGAAAACGAAAUUGGAUUUAAGGAAUUGUUCUUCGAUCGUUUAAUCUUCGUAAUUUUUGUAAUAUAUAUUUCGAUCGUGCUUAUGAAUCUGCUCUCGGCUUUGGCUUUUAGUGAUACUCAGGCUAUCCAAGCUUCAGCUGAAGUGAAUAGUCUCACUCACAUUGUCAAUUUGUUGAGCUGCUACGAAGUACUUUUUACAAAAUCAUGGGGACGCAUUGAAUCCAUACGCAAAUUAAUAAAUCAUUUUGCAAAUAUUAAAGUUGCAAACUUACCAGAAUCUGUGUACACCUUUCCAAAUAAGAAACAUAUUGAUACUACAGUUACAAAUUCUUGCGAAAUGAUGCCUUUAACUAAUAAAAACACAAGGACUCGUCAAGAUAAUCAAAAUAAUAUAAAUAUGCAUGAGGAUCACUUCAUUAUGAAAUUUAGCAAUACGACGAUCAAACGUUUUCUGCAAGUGAUAGAUCAGAAAGCAAAAAUAGAGCGCCAACGCCAACUAAAUUCGACGAUUGCAAAAAAACUGGAAAAUAUUGAAAAUAUGUUAAGCAUUCGGUAAUAAUACGUCACUAAAUAUUUUUUAAUACACUGUUUUCCUAGAGGUUGUUUAUGUUUCAAUAAAGAUUAAAGGUUCAAUCUUUA